AUGUCUUCAACACCAUCACCAUCAUCGACGUCGUCGUCAUCGUCCUCAACAACAAAGGCCAUUCCUUUCUCACAGAAGGAGAUUGCCCGUCAUGACAUGAUCGACUUCUCCACGUCAGUCGGAGGCACCAUCUACGGCACGACACCAGGCGGCACGAAGAAAGUCUACGAUCGCAACACCCUGCUGCACAUCCGUAACUCUCCUCUCUCAAAGACACCCCCUCCUCAGGUCCUGAACAUGAUCGAACAGAUGAACAGGUCCAAGGUGUCAAAGUCACCCAACAUGAAGUCGCAGCCACCCGCCGUCACCGUCCCCGCCGGCGCCACCGCUGCCCCAUCCUCCUCCACCACCCCUGCUGCCAGCUCGACCACUCAGCAGCAAAAGCCCAAACCAACGACCGAGGAAGACAUCUUUGAGAUGGAUUGA